GCAGAGGUCACUGGCGUGUGCCCGACGUCCAACCAAUCCGCGCCCGUCUGAUUGAUUGACUGACUGACCUCAACUCAAGCCCUCGUCGCCCGCAGACAUCAUCGUCCCACACAGCCUCCAUCCCCCCAAUUGACCAAGAGAAACAGACACCAUGGGUGGCGGUCCCAGAGUUCCGUCAGUAGCCCGCCUCCGUCCCCCGCCGACUCCGACUCGACGACAAUGGCCCCUGUACAUGCGGCAUGCGAACUGACAGCUUACGCGGCAGAUAUCCCAAGCACGUCUGGUCGCCAGCUGGUGGCUGGUAUGCCCAGCCGUCCAACUGGAAGGUCAACACUGCCGUCUUCGGUGCCGUGAUUCUGGGAUUCACAGCCCUCACCUGGAGGCUAAGCGCGGACCGCGAAUUCAGACACAAGAUGCCAGAACCAGGCCGGUUCUACCCCAGCCGAUACUGGACCAAGCAAAUAAGGGAGCACGAGAAGGGCCAAAACGGAAGCUCAACUGCAGCACUGAGUGCGUCAUCGGAGGUGCAAACGAAGUAGGAUUCAAGUGUAGAAUAUUUAGAGAUACGGGCUGUCGACUGAACAGUCCAGCACGGAACCAAUUGCACGUCACCAGAAAGCCUGCUGUGAACCAUCGUCAGAACUCGUUGGGGUGCAAACACUACAAGACCCGAGAGAAUGGGGCAUGUGCUGUGCGAAUAAGUAUUGCGACAAUCGGUACUUCUCAGAUGGGUCUUGAAUCACGGCAUCUCGACCUCUCCCACAGACGUGCCACGUUCGAUUUUUUUAAGAGACGUUAAUUUCCAGAACAAUCUGCUACUCUAUACUUGCGCUGUAGUAUCUACCAAGUCCUCAUGCGACGUAUUCCAAUGCAAACCCG